AUGGCUUCAGAUCAAGUUGUUUUAGUCACUGGUAUUAGCGGCUUCCUUGGAUCGCACGUUGCAGACCAGUUUCUCGAAGCUGGAUACAGAGUGAGAGGGACCGCUAGAGAAGUUUCAAAAGUUGAUGCGAUCAAGAAGACUUUUGACUCAAAAUAUGGUGUGGGUAAAGUGGAAGUUGUGGCCGUUCCAGACAUCACCGUCGAAGGUGCUUUCGAUGAAGCCGUGAAAGGAGUCUAUGCCGUUGCACAUGUAGCCUCAAUCCUGAGCUUUGACAAGGACCCGGCCAAAGUGAUUCCGGCUACAGUAAAUGCCACCACGAGUAUCUUAAACUCCUGUCUCGCCGUGCCAAGUAUCAAGAGAUUCGUCUACACUAGCUCUUCCGUUGCAGUGUCGAUGCCAAAGCCAAAUGUUCCCUGUUCAUUUGACUCAAGCAGCUGGAACGAGGAGGACGUCAAAGCCGCCUGGGCACCCGAACCUUGGGGAGACUCUCAUCACUGGACCGUGUAUGCCGCCAGCAAGACAGAGGCGGAGAAAACUUUAUGGAAAUUCAGGGACGAGAAAAAGCCUGGUUUCAGCAUCAAUUCGGUCCUUCCUGCCACAAACUUUGGGCCGGUAAUCACUCCUGAUAUUGUGUCUUCGACGGCAAAAUGUGUGCCUACUAUUUAUAGUGGAAAUGUGAAAGCACUGCUCGGUGUAUUGCCUCAGUACUACAUCGACGUCCGAGAUACGGGCCGGCUACAUGUCGCAGCAGCAAAAUAUCCAGACGUUGAAAACCAGAGACUUUUUGGUUGGGUAGAACCUUAUAAUUGGAACAAGGUGCUUGCCGUAUUGAGAGAAAUAAGACCUCGGCACCAAUUUCCUGAAGAUGUGCCUGGUCUCGGCGAAGAUAUGAGUAAGGUGUCAACGGUAAAAGAGGAGGAGCUGUUGCAUAGGAUGGGGAGGUCGGGGUGGACUAAGUUGCCGGAAAUUUUGGAGGAUGGUUUGAAGAGCAUGUCGAUGUAG